GCGUCACAGCGAGCGCGACGGGGUGUGACGGGACGGUGGCUGAGGAUGCUGCUCUUUGGAGUUUAUUUCUCGCGAUUUAGGGAUCGUUUCUCAAACUCAAGGAGUUAGAAGUAAGAGGUCAGAUUAAGUGUGUCCCCCGCAGUGCUGCUUUUGGACUCGGAAGGGGAAAUGGAGCUGUCAGGAAUGAAAAAGAAGAGUUUGCUAGGAAUCAAAGAAAAUAAUAAAAAGUCCAGCACUAGGGCUCCCUCUCCCAGCAAGCGUAAAGACCGGACUGAAGAAAAAUCCAAGGACAGGUCUAAGGACAAACCAGCCACCAAGGAAUCUGGUGAAAAGGACCGCGGGCGAGACAAGGCCCGAAAGAGGCGAAGCGCUUCCAGUGGCAGCAGCAGCACCAGAUCCCGCUCUAGCUCCACGUCCAGUUCAGGGUCAAGCUCCAGCACUGGCUCCAGCAGUGGCUCCAGUUCCUCCUCGGCAUCAAGCCGUUCUGGGAGCUCCAGCACGUCACGAAGCUCCAGCUCCAGCAGCUCCUCAGGUUCUCCGAGCCCAUCUCGACGUCGGCAUGACAACAGGAGACGUUCCCGUUCCAACCAAGUUUAUUUUCUCAGCAAACUCAUGCAGACUCAGCAGACCUUGUGCACUGCUUGCCAAUCUCCCGCAAUUGGUCUUUGUGAUGUUUUUACAGGGCAGAUAGAUGGUCAGGAGAUCACUGCAACGGGUGUCUUGGCUCCUCGGCCUAGGCUACCCCCAAGACGUUUCUCCCCUCCUAGGAGGAUGCUGCCGCCACCGCCCAUGUGGCGUCGGUCACCACCACGUAUGAGAAGAAGGUCCAGAUCUCCACGGCGCAGGUCCCCCGUUCGUAGGCGGUCAAGAUCUAGGUCUCCAGGUCGAAGGCGUCACCGCAGUCGCUCCAGUUCCAACUCUUCUCGAUAAAACACAAGACUUGGCAGCUUCCUAGUUGUUGCUUUUUAAAUCAACUCAAGUCCUAUACCGAUUAAAAUUAUACAUUUUUGAAAGAAAGGCGUGGGAAUGGAACCAAAAGAAACUUGCAGGCUAGUGAUGGGAGACUGACUGGGAGCCAGGGGAGAAAAGUUAACUUGCAUUGUGGGUCUUUAAAAGCGGGCUCUGAUGUUGUCAGGUUAUGUUGCCCUUUUGACAGUAAAUCUGUGCCCCCGAAGCCCAAAGAGCGACUGCUUAAAAUAUACCCAGAGGCUCAGGAACUCCUUGAAAAUUAAAGCUGGAAUUGUUGCAAAUAAGAAACAGCAAGUUAGCAAGGGAAGCGGCUGGCAUUUCUGUUGGACUAUUUCAGAGGGUGGAAGUGUCCCUUCCCUCUCACCGCUCCCAGUUAAUUUUGAUACAACCUCUUUUUAUUCUCUCUUCUCCCCCAGUUAAUUCCUUCUAGUGGGGAUGUUUGGUGCCAAGGACUGUUCUUAAUGCAGUGAAUGUACCCAUUCAGGAUUUUGCCCAGGGACUUGGCAAAGACUGUGGUCCUCCUGUACGACUUGCAGUAGGUUGUGCAUUCGAACCCGUCCCAGUCAUUUGAGAAACUAGUUUGCUUGUAAAGCUUCCCUUUCUUAGCCAAAUGGUUUCGGUCCAUAUUUCACAUCCUGUUCCUCCCAGCGCUGAUGUAAAUUCUUCUGUCCUUUUUUUUUGUUUUGUUUGAGGAAAUAUGAAACAGGUUGGCAGAAAAAUUCUCAAAGGCCGGUUUUGAAGCAGACCAAGUUGGCGGGAUGGGAGUCAUUAACGUUCAGAUUGUGAAAGGCAAGAGAUUUGCGGCCUGCUGUACAGUCAUUACCAUAAAGUUUGAUUUUUGUAUGACUUUGUAGCAUCUUGUAGUCGUGUUGUGUUUGUAUGUGUGCGUAGAAUGACAAGAUGGAAUAAAACCACGGUUUUGAGGAAA